CAUAAAAUAAGUUUCAAUGGUCACGCUUCGAACUUGAUUAAAUUUGUAUGAGAUUUUUAGUGUCCAGCACAAUUGUAAAAUGGCGUGACUGUGACUCUAUUCUCUUAACAGACGUUAAGGGACCAAAUGUUCCAACUUUACUGUCGUUAUUAAUUGAAUUGUCGAGUUAACAAAUUUAUGUCAAACCUAACGAAGUGCUAAAUCAAUAAACUCUGUUCUGAACUGUUAUUUAAGUUUAAGGAGUCAAGAAUUUGACACAUCUCGUUGAACGCGGUUACAUCAUGAAAUAUCUACUCUUCAUAUCUACUUUACUUGUCGCUGCUUCAGCUCUCGACAUCCAACUUGGUCGGGAGAGUGAUGCUCUGGAGUACUGGUUGGGUAAUGGUGGGGUGCAAGGAUACGGGAGAGGUCUGGAACAGUCUGCUGACAUCAUGCUUAAAAACUACAUGAACUCUCAGUUCUACGGAGAGAUCAGCGUUGGUACACCACCUAAGAGGUUCAGAGUGAUAUUUGACACAGCUUCAGCCAACAUGUGGGUCCCCUCAGAUCAGUGCCCUGACACCAACGUGGCUUGCAGGAGCCACAGAAGAUACGAUUCGAGCAGCUCCAGCACGUACGUAGCAGACGGUACUCCCUUCAGUCUGGUGUACGCUUCGGGUAAACUGAAGGGGUUCCUCUCCCAAGAUACUGUUGAAUUGGGGGGAAUUGCCGUCACCAACAUGACCUUCGGAGAGGCCAUGGAGCAGCCAGGAUGGGCCUGGGUCACCGCUAAAUACGAUGGCAUUAUAGGCAUGGGAUACCCAAGUCUAGCAAGAGGAGGCGUCACCCCACUCUUCAACCAGAUGAUGGAACAAGGAGUGGUGACUGACCCCAUGUUCUCUUUCUGGAUCAGCAAGAACAGGACCUCCUCCGUGGGAGGCCUCCUGACUCUGGGAGGCUACAACUCUCAGUUCUUUACAGGAGAUAUCGCCUGGAGUGACGUAUCAGUACAGGACUACUGGCAGAUAGAUAUGGAGGGUAUGAGUGUUGAGGGAAGGAAGGGAACUAUCGCCUGCGAUAGGGGAUGUGACGCUAUCGUAGACACGGGUACCUCCCUAAUAGUGGGACCUGUUAACGACGUGUACAGGAUCAACAGCUUUAUUGGAGCUAAACUGAUGUGGGGUGGUAUGUGGUUUGUAGAUUGUGACAAGGUGGACAGCCUUCCUUCCGUCUCCUUCAGAAUCAACGGCAAAGAUUAUCCCUUCACGAGUUCUGAGUACAUAAUCCCGGUUAAGACCAGCGGAGGAGUGAUGUGCCUUUCAGCUUUUACCCCACAAGAUAUCAAAUCUAAACAGGGUCUCCUCUGGAUCCUGGGAGACGUCUUCCACUCUGUCUACUACACCGUUUACGACUUUGGGAACAAUAGAGUCGGAUUUGCAGAGGCAAUUUGAAAUGGAAUUUAAGAAGAAGAAAAAAAACAAGAUUCUAAAAAUAGUUAUGUUCAAA